AUGGACGACGAGAGCGACGACAAGGAUGAUACGAAAAGCUUCCUUUGCAGGAAAUCGCGUAAUCUCAGCGAGAAGAAGCGACGGGAUCAGUUUAACUCGCUGGUCAACGAUCUGAGCGCCUUGAUAUCCACCUCCAGCAGAAAGAUGGAUAAGUCCACGGUCCUGAAGUCCACGAUAGCCUUCCUGAAGAAUCAUAAUGAGGCCACCGACCGCUCCAAGGUUUUCGAAAUACAACAGGACUGGAAGCCUGCGUUCCUCAGCAACGACGAAUACACUCACCUCAUGCUGGAGUCUCUCGAUGGUUUCAUGAUGGUCUUCAGCAGCAUGGGCUCCAUCUUCUACGCCUCGGAAAGUAUUACCUCCCAGCUGGGCUAUCUGCCGCAAGAUUUGUACAACAUGACCAUAUAUGACCUGGCCUACGAGAUGGACCAUGAGGCGCUGCUGAACAUCUUUAUGAAUCCCACACCGGUAAUCGAGCCCAGACAGACGGACAUAAGUUCCAGUAACCAGAUCACAUUCUACACCCAUUUGAGACGCGGCGGAAUGGAGAAAGUCGAUGCCAAUGCCUACGAGUUGGUCAAAUUCGUGGGCUACUUUCGUAACGAUACCAAUACUUCGACGGGUUCCAGUUCGGAGGUUUCGAAUGGCUCAAAUGGACAGCCUGCGGUGCUGCCGCGCAUCUUCCAGCAGAAUCCCAAUGCAGAGGUGGACAAAAAGCUGGUUUUCGUGGGCACCGGACGCGUACAGAAUCCCCAACUGAUCAGGGAAAUGAGCAUUAUUGAUCCCACAAGUAAUGAGUUCACCUCGAAACACAGCAUGGAGUGGAAGUUUUUGUUUCUGGAUCACCGGGCUCCGCCGAUCAUUGGCUAUAUGCCCUUCGAGGUUCUGGGGACAUCCGGCUAUGAUUAUUACCACUUUGAUGAUCUGGACAGUAUUGUGGCGUGCCAUGAAGAGCUAAGGCAAACGGGUGAGGGCAAGUCUUGCUACUACCGAUUCCUCACGAAGGGCCAACAGUGGAUAUGGUUGCAAACGGACUACUAUGUGAGCUACCACCAGUUUAAUUCCAAACCGGACUACGUGGUCUGCACCCAUAAGGUUGUCAGCUAUGCCGAGGUUCUGAAGGAUAGUCGAAAGGAGUGCCAAAAAUCCGUAAAUAGCAACAGCACCACCAACAAUGGGAGCAGUAAGGUAAUAGCCUCCACGGGAACUAGCAGCAAAUCCGCAUCUGCCACCACAACACUGAGGGAUUUCGAGCUGAGCAGCCAAAAUCUGGAUAGCACAUUGCUCGGAAAUAGUCUGGCCAGCUUGGGCAAUGAAACAGCAGCCACUUCUCCCGCCGUGGACUCGUCGCCCAUGUGGUCAGCGUCGGCUGUCCAACCGUCUGGAUCAUGUCAAAUAAAUCCCCUGAAGACAUCGCGUCCCGCCUCGAGUUAUGGCAAUAUCAGCUCCACAGGAAUAUCGCCGAAGGCCAAGCGAAAGUGCUACUUCUACAACAACCGGGGCAAUGACUCGGAUUCAACGUCCAUGUCGACGGAUUCAGUCACCAGCCGGCAGUCCAUGAUGACGCACGUCAGUUCGCAAAGCCAACGGCAGCGAUCGCAUCACCGUGAACACCAUCGAGAAAAUCAUCACAGUCAGUCACAUCAUCACAUGCAGCAACAGCAGCAGCAUCAGAACCAGCAGCAGCAACAUCAGCAGCACCAGCAACUGCAACAGCAGCUGCAACAUACAGUGGGUACUCCGAAAAUGGUGCCUCUCCUGCCGAUUGCGCCCACACAAAUAAUGGCUGGAAAUGCGUGUCAGUUUCCCCAACCCGCCUAUCCGCUUGCUAGUCCUCAACUGGUGGCACCCACAUUUCUGGAGCCGCCGCAAUAUCUCACCGCCAUUCCCAUGCAGCCGGUGAUCGCUCCGUUUCCGGUGGCGCCAGUGCUUUCCCCACUUCCGGUGCAGUCACAAACGGAUAUGCUGCCCGAUACGGUGGUUAUGACGCCAACACAGAGUCAGUUGCAGGAUCAAUUGCAGCGGAAGCACGACGAACUGCAAAAACUGAUCCUCCAGCAACAGAAUGAGCUGAGGAUAGUCUCAGAGCAGCUCCUCCUAUCCCGCUACACAUAUCUGCAGCCCAUGAUGUCGAUGGGAUUCGCACCUGGCAACAUGACAGCAGCAGCGGUGGGUAAUUUGGGAGCAGGUGGCCAACGGGGACUGAAUUUCACCGGCAGCAAUGCCGUGCAGCCGCAAUUCAAUCAGUAUGGAUUUGCCCUGAACUCUGAGCAGAUGCUUAACCAGCAGGAUCAGCAGAUGAUGAUGCAGCAGCAGCAGAAUCUGCACACGCAGCACCAGCACAAUCUGCAGCAGCAACAUCAAAGCCACUCACAGUUGCAGCAACAUAACCAGCAGCAACAUCAGCAGCAGCAGCAACAACAGCAGCAACAACAGCAGCAACAGCAGCAGCAACAGCAGCAGCAACAGCAGCAGCAACAGCAGCAACAACAGCAGCAGCAGCAACAGUUGCAGCUGCAGCAACAAAAUGAUAUUUUACUGCGUGAGGAUAUCGAUGAUAUAGACGCCUUCCUCAAUCUGUCCCCCCUGCACUCACUGGGCUCGCAGUCCACCAUUAAUCCCUUCAACUCUAGCAGCAAUAACAACAAUCAAAGCUACAAUGGGGGCAGUAAUCUGAAUAAUGGCAACCAGAACAACAACAAUCGCAGUUCGAAUCCCCCCCAAAAUAACAACGAGGACUCGCUGUUGUCCUACAUGCAGAUGGCCACCGAAUCGAGUCCUUCGAUCAACUUUCACAUGGGCAUCAGCGAUGAUGGCUCCGAAACGCAGAGCGAGGACAACAAGAUGAUGCACACUUCCGGCAGCAAUCUGGUGCAGCAGCAACAGCAGCAGCAACAACAACAAAUCCUGCAGCAGCAUCAACAGCAGUCAAACAGCUUCUUCAGUUCGAAUCCCUUUCUCAACAGUCAGAAUCAGAACCAAAACCAGUUGCCAAACGAUCUGGAAAUAUUGCCAUACCAAAUGUCCCAAGAGCAAUCACAGAAUCUAUUCAACUCGCCUCACACAGCCCCAGGCAGUAGUCAAUAGCGCAUACCCACUGUAUAUAACUCUCUGUAGCGGUAGGAAAAGAUAGAAUUGUAGAACUCCAGGCAACCCAUUUACCAACAUAUCCGUGUAUUAUCAAGUUUGGCCUCUGGCCCUCUUUAUCGAACCUCCUCUAUCGGAAGCCCAGAGCUAGUUGUAGAUCUCAACAGACUGAGUAUUGCCCCACCCCGCUCCCUUCAUGCGUUGUAUAUAACAUAGGUGUACUAUAGAAAAGUUCUCAAAAAAAUAUUCAUUGUAAGUAGGUUUUAAAUUGUUGUAGUUUGUAGCAAGAACCCAUCGUUUCCAUAGGUUAGCCUUAUCCAGUAAGUGCCAUCGAGGCGCAAACAGGGAUCUCUGAUACGAAAUCGAACCUUAAAGCCUAAUCCUAAGUUAUUUGUAUUCUAAUAUACUGAGAAGCGACUAACAAGCGAACGAGUUGAGCAAAGCUAAUUCAAUUCCAUAUUAUUUUCAAGACUGGGCUUCGUCAUUGAGGUCAAAAAUGAUAUUUAUCGUACGAUUUAGUGUUAUUCUGUAUGUAUAACUCAAAACUCAGGUUGAGAUUGCAACUGACAUUUAUUUUGCUGUGAAGAUAUUCCCAUAAGUUUUCUUUAGGCCCGAUCUUUUCUGACAGCUGAAAUGCCAUUAGUUCAAUCGUUAUUCCAAUUUCCCCUGCAUUACCAUUUUACUGUUGGAAAAGUUCGUUCGAAUAUGCUUCGAUCUGCAGCUGAUAAAGAGCCAAAUGCUUUAAACUUAGAACUUGUAAAUGGAAACAAACUAUCUUAAACUCAACUACAACUACCUUAAUAAUUUUAGUUAACUCAAUGUUUAAGAUUUGUACAUACCUAUAGGACGAGUCAUUAGCACUUGCUUAAGUCUGUAAAUACGCGUACGAUGAGGAUAAUGUAGACCCAUUUUGUACAUAACUGUUUAUAUGUUUUUCAAAAGAGCUUAACAACAAAAUGUAAUUGAACAUGCUAACCAAACAAGAAAAUCCAGAACAUUAUCGAUACAGAGUUGUAAUAAAGCAAAACAAAAAACAGUUACAA